AUGGCUCAGCUCAUCUUCGCUAGCAGCAACAUUGCUACUUACAUUCACUUGACUUUUAUGUCCUUGAUCACUGUUUGCCUCUGCUUCUUCUUGUGCUUCAUUGUGGUGGUAUUCAGCAUCUUCUUUACCAGUCCACAACUCCGGGAGAAUGCUCGUUAUAUCCUCUUUGUCUACAUGCUUGUGAAUGACACAUUUUUUCUCCUGUCUGGUUUCACUGUGCUGGUAGGUGCAAUAUAUUUUCUGUACAUCCCUGUACCAGUUUGCUACAUUUUGAAUGCAGUUUCAUUCUUGACUUUUCGAGUGACCCCAACCACUCUGGCAGCCAUGGCUUUAGAAAAAUACAUAGCCAUAUGUUACCCAUUACGACACAAGGACCUAUGCACCACGCAAAGAGCCAAUGUGGCCUUUAUUCUCAUAUGUACGACACAGAUAAUUCCAAAUGCUGCUGACUUGGGUCUUAUGGCUUCCUCAUUUAGAACUACAUUUAAUAUUUCUAUCAUAUGUAGAAAGGAAAACCUGUUUGUGAAUCCCUUGCAAAAUGUUUUAAGGUCCCUUAGUUUUGCAUUGUGUUACGUUUUGGUGGCCAUUAUCAUAUUAUUCACAUACAUCAAGAUCUCGAUGGUUGCUCAUAGAGUUAGCUCACAGUCUUCUAAUGCCUCCAAAGCCAGGAGAACCAUCUUGCUCCACACCUUUCAGCUACUCCUAUGCACAAUGUCUUUAUUGUCGACAUUCACUGACGCUUUGCCUGCCAGUCAAGCCAUGUUUUUACCCGGGUUCAACUUCCUUGUGUUCAGUUGUGUGCCAAGGUUCCUCAGUCCAGUCAUCUAUGGGAUCCGGGAUGAAUAUUUGAGGGGACUUAUUAAGAAGUCUUUAACAAGACAAUUUAAAAACUAGAUGAUAAUCAGACGUGAGUAAAAUGAUAAGCUUGUCUUCAUUUGGUUCUAAUAAGCUAUAUAAAACAAAUAGGCUAACCCAUAAAAUGGUACAAAGAGCAAUGCAGAUAUGAAAAAAAAAAUCUUGGUUUUCAUGGACUUGACUUCAGCUACUAUGGUUUUUUCAUAUUUUUCUCAUUUUGCUACUUAAUUUCCUAAUAGAAAAA